GGAAGUGUUCAUGCUAUGGCUGCUAACAGAAGCAGCCGUUUAGCUUGUCAGUCAUCAGUCUGAGUGGCGUAAUUCUGUUUUUCUGUCUCAUUUAAAGUAUAAUCAUCCUCCUGCGGGCAGUAAUGGAAAACGAAGAGGACGGAAAGUCACCGUUUUAUUUCUGUACCUGUUUCACAACUGACAACAUUUUCCUGGAGGACUACAAGCUCCAUGUUCGCUUCGUAACAGAGCAGCAGUUCAGACUGGACUAUCAUACCCUUCUUGAGAAGCUCGGCUGCGUGACAGACCGACAGUUUGAGGAUGUUCUCAACAAGAUUUCCCAGGAAGUGGACAGGCGAAGGCGUCUAGCGGUGACGUCUGCAGAGAGAGCCGCUGUUAUAAAAGACGUGUACCAGCCGCUCCAUCCUCAUGUCUACCAUCUGCAGGAGUCCGACCUCGCUCCAAAGUUCAAGCAGAUUGUUGAGUUGUGUCGCAGCAGCGACGCCAGUGAAGAAGGUCUCUUUGACUUGUUGAAGGAAGAAGCAGCUCCGAGGGUGUAUCGCUUCCCUGUGUUUGAGAAGAGCUUCUGCAAGGAGCUGGUGGAGGAGCUGGAGCACUUUGAGCAGUCUUCAGCCCCUAAAGGAAGACCCAACACCAUGAACCACUACGGGAUCCUCCUGAAUGAACUGGGCUUUGACGAGGGCUUCAUCACGCCUCUUCGCCAGCAGUACCUGCAUCCGCUCACCUCCCUGCUCUACCCGGACUGUGGGGGGCGCUGUCUGGACAGCCACAAGGCCUUUGUGGUCAAAUAUGACAUAAAUGAAGACGUGGACCUGAGCUACCACUAUGACAACGCAGAGGUCACCCUCAAUGUUUCCCUGGGCAACGACUUCACUGAGGGCAACCUUUACUUUGGUGAUAUGAGACAGGUGCCUUUGAGUGAGACCGAGUGCUCAGAGGUUGAACACAGGGUGACGGAGGGUCUCCUCCACCGGGGCCAACACAUGCACGGCGCCCUGCCCAUCUCCUCCGGCCAGCGCUGGAACCUCAUUAUCUGGAUGAGAGCCUCGCAGGAACGCAACAGUCUCUGCCCCAUGUGCAACAGGAGGCCCACGCUGGUGGAAGGAGAGGGCUUCGCUGAUGGAUUCACCAAACACUCUGCGUCCCUGCUGAACGCUUCGUGUGCGUUGACGUGACAGAUCCUGCAGCUGUCAGCCUUUUAUUAGUCACCGUGUGUCUGAUGUUGGCACCCUCUAGUGGUAGUAUCAAAACAGACACUGAAGCAAUUCCCACUUAGAUUGUAAGAAUAAAUUUAUUUUAUUUAAUUUAUUUUAAUGAUGCAUUUUGACUGUGUUCCACAUUGGAAUGAUCAAUCUAUCUUUGUUAUUUAAACCACCAAUAACAGUAACAGUAUUAUAAUUCUGGGUUUCCAACUGUCAAUGUUAGUUUCAGUCUGCACUGAGAGUGAAUAUUUGUGACUCUCCUGUCACAUAUUUUGCAGAAUAUACCCGCCUUAAUUCAAAAAUAUCCCAAAGCCCACAUCAUGCCAAAGAUGAUUUAGAGAGUAAUUAAAAUACUUACAGGAUGUCAUCUUUCUCUCUUUUGUUCAUAAACCCAGAAGUCAGUAAUACUGAUAUUAAACUGUCAUAUUCUCAAA